GAGUGGUAGGACGACAGUUAUGUUUUCAUGUGAAUAUCCUAGGCCUUCACUGCAGCGGAUAUGGGUCAAUUCGCUUAGCAAAUUGUGUUAAGAACAUACAUUUUGCGAAACAGAACACCCGAAAAAUGUUCGGCCGUUCAAGGAGCUGGGUCGGAGGACAGGGGAAGUCCAAAAACAUUCAUUCUUUGGACCAUCUGAAGUACAUGUACCACGUCCUAACAAAGAACACAACAGUGACUGAUCACAACAGAAAUCUGCUGGUGGAAACUAUUCGCUCCAUUACUGAGAUUCUCAUCUGGGGUGAUCAGAACGACAGCUCUGUCUUCGACUUCUUUUUGGAGAAGAACAUGCUUGCAUUUUUCCUCAACAUACUACGGCAGAAAUCCGGACGGUAUGUGUGUGUCCAGCUUCUGCAAACGCUCAACAUCCUUUUCGAGAACAUCAGUCAUGAGACUUCUCUCUAUUAUUUGCUGUCCAAUAAUCACGUUAAUUCCAUCAUUGUACAUAAAUUUGACUUCUCUGAUGAGGAAAUUAUGGCCUACUAUAUCUCCUUUUUGAAAACGUUGUCUCUGAAACUCAACAACCACACAGUGCACUUCUUUUACAACGAGCACACUAAUGAUUUUGCCCUGUACACGGAGGCCAUUAAGUUUUUCAACCACCCAGAAAGCAUGGUCAGGAUCGCGGUCAGGACUAUCACACUCAAUGUGUACAAAGUGGACAACCAGCACAUGCUACACUACAUCCGGGACAAAACGGCCGUGCCAUACUUCUCCAAUUUGGUCUGGUUUAUUGGCAGCCAUGUCAUCGAGCUGGACAAGUGUGUGCAGACCGAUGAAGAACAUAAAAACAGAGGAAAACUCAGCGAUCUGGUAGCUGAGCACCUGGACCAUCUUCACUAUCUGAACGACAUCCUCAUCAUCAACUGUGAGUUUCUCAAUGACGUGCUGACCGACCACCUGCUCAACCGCCUCUUCCUUCCCCUAUAUGUGUACUCUCUGGUCAGUCAAGAGCAGUCUGAAGAACGCAAGAUCAACCCUCAGGUGUCUCUCUACCUGCUCUCACAGGUGUUCCUGAUCAUCCACUACCAGCCGCUUGUCCACUCCCUGGCUGAUUUCAUUCUGAACGGAGACCUGUCAGUGUUCACUCUGCAAACUGAGCAGAGCGCUCACAAAACUUCAAGCAAUGCCGGUGUUCGUCGCUUCACCAAGCCCACGGAAAGUCUGGAGCGUUCCCUGGAGAUGAGUCGUCAACGUGGGAGAAAGAGGACCCAGAAAAGACCCAACUACAAAAAUGUGGGCGAGGAAGAAGAGGAAGAGCGGGGAUCAGAAGAAAGGCCGGAAGAAGAGAAGGAAAAGGCUAAAGGUACAGAGGCUAGUUCAAAGGCCAGCAGGACAAGUGGGGACAAGGAAGAAAUUGAGAUGGUGGUGAUGGAAAAAGGUAGGAUCUCUGAAGUGUCCACGUUGACGGAACAGAACAUUACAGACGAGGAGAAGAGCGCGGCAGCAGCACGAUCUGAAGGACAAAAAAGCAGGCCCAUCUUGGACUUGUUGUAUAAUGCACUGGACUGUGACUCAGAGGAUUACCAGGCUCUGUUUGUGCUUUGUCUCCUGUAUGCCAUGUCUCACAGUAAAGGUAUAAACCUGGAGCUCUUAGAGAGGAUCCAGCUACCCGAGCCAAAUCAAGAGAGGAGCUCUUACAGUCAGGUGUUGGUGGAAAGAGUGAUCCGAAUCAUGAGCCAGGCUGCUCAGCCAGAGGGAAAGGUGCGUCUUGCCACCUUGGAGUUAAGCUGUCUGCUUCUGAAACAAGCUGUACUCUCUGGCUCUCAAUGCAUUAUAAAGGACAUUCAUUUGGCCUGUUUGGAGGGUGCCCGAGAAGAGAGUCUUCACCUUCUGAGGCAGUUUUAUAAGGGGGAGGAGAUUUUCCUGGACAUGUUUGAGGAUGAGUACAGGAGCAUGAUGAGUAAGCCGCUAAAUGUGGAGUAUCUUAUGAUGGAUGCAUCCAUUUUACUUCCUCCUACUGGCACCCCCCUUACUGGCAUUGACUUUGUGAAGCGAUUGCCCUGUGGAGAUGUCGAGAGAACACGCAGGGCUAUACGCAUGUUCUUCAUGCUGCGCUCGCUGUCCCUACAGCUGCAGGGAGAACCAGAAACUCAACUACCUCUCACCCGACCGGAGGAUCUCAUCAAGACUGAUGAUGUGCUUGACCUCAAUAACAGUGAUCUUAUUGCUUGCAUGGUGGUGAGUAAAGAUGGGGUUCAAGCUCAGCGUUUCCUGGCUGUGGAUGUGUACCAGAUGAGUCUUGUGGAACCGGAUUCAAAACGUCUUGGCUGGGGUGUUGUCAAGUUUGCUGGCCUUUUACAGGACAUGCAGGUUUCAGGAGUAGAAGAUGACAGCAGGGCUCUGAACAUCAUCAUACACAAGCCCACGUCUAACCCUCACGCCAAGCCUGUGCCCAUCUUGCAGGCUAACUUCAUUUUUGCUGACCAUAUUCGCUCCAUCAUCGCCAAACAGCGACUAGCUAAGGGCCGCAUCCAGGCUAGACGCAUGAAAAUGCAGCGGAUAGCAGCUCUAUUGGACCUUCCUGUUCAGCGUUCCACAGAGGUGCUGGGCUUCAGCCAACCAUCUGCUUCGUCUCUGCCUUUUCGCUUCUAUGACCAGUCCAGACGUGGCCUGGCCUUCGCCUCUGUAGAUAAAGUUCCAGGUUUUGCAGUGGCUCAUGUUUCCCAGCACAACCCCACCUCCUCCUCCACCUCAUCUGCCUCUAGUGACCCCACUGACUCGGUCACAGCCAGCAACGCAUCCACACACACGGUCACACACAGUCAAACAGGACUCGCCCUGGCGCCUAGCCUCACCCCUGCACCACAACCCACCAUCUCCCUACUGUCUGACAAUGAUGCUGAAACACUGAGCGUGGACUCCCUGACCCUCCUGCCCCCCGCUGCCCCUCCUCGCCUGCGCUCCUUUAGCACCCAGUCCUCUGUCCAGGACAGGGAAGAGAUGGCGGUUGCUGGUCAAGAGGAAGAUGAUGACACGGGAGUGACGGAAUCGCAGUCUCAAGACGACAAGAAGGAUAUUUCAGUCAUCCCAGAGGAAGAUGAGCCAUCUCCUGAGUCUGGGCCAUUGCUUAGGGUGGAAACUGAGGAUUUGGCACAGAUACAGAGGGAGGAGCCUGUGACUCAGCCCGAGAGAAACUCUAUAGGCGUCACUUCCGACCAAGAGAAUAACCCAGACCUGGAGGAGGAGACCGCGAUAGACUGAAAUGUCUACUGCAACUCAAAUUAAAAACUAAAAUGUACUAAAGAAAUUUAGGCCAGGUUACUAAAGCAAGAAGCGCAUGUUAAUGUUGAUUACUCAAUGUGAGCAUGACCGAUUCUGAUUUGCAACAAGCUAGUUUAGCUAGUUUGCACAUCAUUUCAGCUUUGGUGACUCAGGCCUUCAAUUGUAUCUUUGUCUAUUUGCCGACUGUGUCAACACAGUGGUUACCAGUACUUCUCCUUACAACAAGACCAUGAUGCAUUUCAGAGGAAACCGGCACUCUUAGAACAGUAACAUUAUUGUUUUGUCACGAGUGCUGCUUAAAGCACAGUCUUUUUUUUGUCGUGCGUUAUUCUUUCUGCUCUGGUGCUGAGGUGAUCGUGCUGGUUCUCUGCAUGUGUGACUGUUUUGUGAUUGUGUGCGAAUGUUGGAGUGUGUGUGCGAUUGGUUUUAUGAUACUGAGCAGAUGGAGAAGAGAAGGCGUGUUUGUAUAAAUCUGUAGUGGGGAAAACCCGCUUGAUUUUACCAGUCCUAACACUGAGGAAUGUACAAAGACUUCUGGGUCUAUCCAGCGGUGCUCUUUUGUGAAGGUAUAUUUAGCUUCGUCUAAACCUUCAUUUUCACUUCAGCAUUUUGAAAAAUGCCCUUUUGUGUCAUUCUACGGAGAUUGUAAGGAACAGAUAUGAGCUUCAAGUAACCCGUUUUAAUUCAUCACUGCAUUUGAGAUCAUUCAACCCAUGAACGCUUGCUCCAUCAAGCGUUUUGUAUAAAAACCACUGACUCACUUAUAUCAAUCACGGUUUUUCAUCAGGUGAACAAACCUGAUGUCAUCGAGUUUCAUUCCUAAGCGUUUAUGUCACUGCCGCACCUCUUUCUGGAACAUUUUAAGAUCUGCCGACGCACAGGAUGAAUUUCCCCGUUUUCAUUCAUGUAGUUACUGCUUUAAGUACCACUCAAGUGGUCUCCUUGCUUUUUAAAGCUGAGGCAACUUAUCCAUAUUUUUAGGUGUUUUAUUGUUCUUUAACACUUGAUAUUCUAGAGGUCAUCAAGAGCUUGUGCUGGACACACAUAAUUAAAGCUGGGUGAGAUAUG